AUGAUUGUCAUGGCCAGCGUCAUCGGGUUCCCGCUACCGUUUGCACUCGUGGUGGGGAUUCCGGUGUGGUUCGCCGCUCUCAUCAUUUGCUUCGCGUGCUGCUUUGGUCGUGCUUUGAAGCAAGACACGCAGCUCGUCCGCGAGUUGGUCAACUACGUUGUCGUUUUGAUCUGUCAAGUGCUGCUCACGUUCGUCUACCCAGCAUAUCUCUACGGGUUCAUGCAUGUCGGACCGUCGAGUCAAAAGCUCUACGUUAUUCUCCUCCCCGUCAUUAAAAUCAUCGCCAAAAACUGGAUCUCCUACUUUCUCGACAGGAAAUUCGAUCUGAUGCCGCAGAACAUGAUUUUCAACGUGGACGUCUUCAACGCGCUGUACGUCUCAAGCUCGGUUCAAAACUCCAGCUCUAUCACCACAGUGCUCGAAAUGAUCGCACUAGACGCCUUCCUAGGGUGUACGUCGAUUUGGGAUAUCAGCAACCUAAUGCGAGACAUCGUCGCUCUGCAGCAUAAAAUACCCCAUGGCCACCCCCUUCGCUCCGCCAAGUUCAUCGACGUAGCAUUGCAAAUUGUCCAAGAAGCUCCGCAGACAGCCGCUCUUCUACUUCAGCACAGAUAUACAUUUCUCUUCAUGGCAUUCAAACCCAGACGCACUACUGAUUCAAUGCCGACGGAUGCAACUACCAGACGAAUAUUCCCGGAGCGUCGGAAAUUCGUCCAACGGACGGCUCAAGUGUUGUUCGUCGCGGAGUUUGUCAUCCUCGUGGAGUACACGGAAGUCAUCGUCCCGUUCAUCUUCUGUAAGUAUACGACCUCCAUGUAUUAUCUUCCGAAUCGCGACUACUACGCCCAGAUAAAAGCCCUUGAUAGUGAAGGCCUUGACAGCAUGCUCAGCAGUGUGGCAAUGUUCGGUGCUGUAGAAUUUCUAUCACUUCUCAUCAUAGAUUGUGGCGGAAGUUUGCCGAGCGGAAUGCGUCCUCAACUCAAAGAAUCGGGUCGUUGA